CUCGCGAACAAUAUGCACAGUCGCGCGGUCGAGCUUCACUUUAGUGUUUACAACCUGAUCUCGUGAAGCGGUUAAAAACAAAUUAACUGCAUUUGAUAAUGGCGAUUAAUUAGCGGCUAUCAUCCUUUCACCGUGGUACAUAGAGCCACAUAACCUCCUGAAGCUUUUUACUCUUUGAAGAUGUCUGAUGCGUGCAGCUCUGAACCUGCCGGAGCCAUCAAGGCCAUUGACAAGCACUCAGUGCAUCAAAUCUGCUCCGGACAGGUUGUGCUGACUUUGGCCACUGCUGUCAAGGAGCUGGUGGAAAACAGCAUCGAUGCAGGGGCCACCAACAUUGAUGUCAGGCUGAAGGAUUGUGGAGCCGAGCUAGUGGAAGUGUCAGACAAUGGAAAAGGAGUAGAAGAAGCCAACUUUGAAGGGCUGACACUGAAGCAUCACACAUCAAAACUGAGGGACUUCUCUGAUCUCAUUCAUGUGGAAACAUUUGGCUUCAGAGGUGAAGCUCUCAGCUCUUUGUGUGCUCUCAGUAACCUGGGUGUGGUGACGUGCCACGAGUCCAGCCAGGUGGGUAGCAAGCUGGUUUUUGACCACAAAGGCCACCUAGUACAGCAGUCACCUCAUCCCCGGCAGCAAGGCUCCACGGUCAGCCUGCAGCAGCUCUUCUACACCCUGCCUGUUCGACACAAGGAGUUCCAACGCAAUAUCAAGAAGGAGUAUGCCAAAAUGUUACAUGUCCUCCAGGCCUACUGUAUCAUCUCUACAGGAGUGCGUAUUACUUGCUCCAACCAAAAUGGGCAGGGAAAACGCAGCACAGUCCUUAGCACCAGUGGAAGCCAGAGUAUGAAAGAUAACAUAGGAGCCAUAUUUGGACCAAAACAGCUACAAAGUCUUCUGCCUUUUCAGCAAGUGUCCCCCGCAGAAAGUAUUAUUGAAGAAUAUGGACUCAAAGAUGCUGAUAUACCCAAACAGUUAUUUUUCAUCACAGGGUUUGUGUCACGAGGAGACCAUGGUGUUGGGAGAAGUGCCACAGACAGGCAGUUCUUCUUCAUUAACAAGCGCCCAUGUGAUCCUCUUAAGGUGACCAAACUUGUGAACGAGGUGUACCAUAUGUACAACAGACAUCAAUAUCCAUUUGUUGCCUUGAACAUAGCUGUUGCCUCCGACUGUGUGGAUGUGAACGUAACCCCAGACAAACGACAGAUUUUCCUUCAAGAGGAGAAACUCUUGCUGGCCAUUCUGAAGACCUCACUUAUUAACAUGUACGAGGCUGGAGUUAAUAAAAUCAGCCUGAACUAUACACCCGUACCCAGCAGAAGCAAUACAGCAGCAUCUGAAAUCUGUGACAAGACGCCAGAACCUGGAGAGGAACCGAUUGCUCAGAGCCCAAAGUCAUCCCUCAACCUGGCCGGCCUCAAAGCUGCUUUUUCAAGUCAUCAUACCUCCAAUUCUGGGAAUAAGUCAAGUGUGGCAAAAGCUCCCAGCAAUGUCCCCACACAGAAAACACUGCAGUCUUUUUUUAAGGGCACUGCCACAAGAGAUCUUGCAAAAUGCUCCCCCAUGGGAAAGUCAGCACUGGAUGGGUUCAGGUACGGAACGACGUUCACUAAUACAGACUCUGAGAAAGACGGUGCUGUAUCCAGUUGUGACGUUGCCAUGGCAACACCAGAUAGUCAGCAUUCAGACCUGGAGUUCAUUUCUCCGGCACUGGCCGCCAACAGACCCAGCAUUCUAAUAGAAACAUUUGAAGAAACAUCUAACAAUAGUCAUGCUGUUCCUGAAGAAGCAGAGUUACAGACUGAACCAUGCAGUUCCAAUGAGGACCACGCUGUGAGCCCGGAUUCCAAAAGGGCCAGGACACAAAAACCACAUUUCCCUACAGAACACAAACUGAACACUUUUUCAAAGAAAUCCUCUGUGACGGUGGAUGCUCCAGUCUGCCUGCACAGGAGGACGGUGCCUCUUCAGUUCUCUUUACAAGAGCUGGCAGGAAAGAUGAAGAGGUUACGGGACCAGCAGGCACAGAGAGCCGGGGAGGUUCUACGCUAUCGGCGCUUCAGAGCCAAGAUCAACCCUGGAGAAAACCAGAGUGCAGAGGAUGAGCUCAAGAAAGAGAUCAGUAAGGAUAUGUUUAAACAGAUGGAGAUCAUCGGUCAGUUCAACCUGGGCUUCAUUAUUGCCAAACUCAACUCUGACAUCUUCAUUAUUGACCAACAUGCUACGGAUGAGAAGUACAACUUUGAGAUGCUGCAGCAGCACACUGUGCUCCAAGGACAGAAACUCAUAGCCCCUCAGAAGCUUCACCUCACUGCUGUCAGUGAAAAUGUACUGAUUGAGAACAUUGAAAUUUUCCAGAAGAAUGGCUUUGAAUUUCUCAUCGAUGAGGAUGCUCAGGUGAUGGAGAGGAUUAAACUGGUGUCUCUGCCCACCAGCAAAAACUGGACAUUUGGCCCGGCCGACAUUGAAGAGCUGAUCUUCAUGCUUACUGACAGCCCUGGGGUCAUGUGUCGACCAUCCCGUGUCAGGCAGAUGUUUGCCUCUAGAGCCUGUCGAAAAUCUGUGAUGAUCGGCACUGCUUUGAGUGUCAGUGAGAUGAAGAAGCUCCUGGUUCACAUGGGGGAGAUUGAGCAUCCUUGGAACUGUCCUCACGGCAGGCCCACCAUGAGACACCUCGCCAACCUGGACAUCCUCUCUCAAGACUGACCAUGUGAAGGAGGGCUCCCGGAGAGCUGUACAUUACACUGACUUAUUAUACACAGCGCUUCCAUUGUAGUUUAUUUCUGUUAAACAUCACUCUUGCUGAUGUACCACGACAGACAAGAAUAGGUCCAAAGCCAAGAUACUGUAUAUUAGUAUUGUUCAGAUGCUUGACAUUGCUUGAUUGAUUGCUUGUUUUUCUCGAAAUCUGUUGAGGUAUGUUCUGAUUUUAUUCGUAUUUUGCAUCAAAAAUAAUAGUUUGUAUAUUUCAACACCUAAUUAUUAGAAGUAAUGAACAAGAUAUAUUGCAACAUG